GCCAGGAAGUCCCAAGAUUCCAACGCGCGAAGCCAAGCCCGGGGGCCGGCGAGACAUCCCCAAGCAGCACGGACUGCGGUCUCCGGGACGCGCCCCUGGAGAUCCGAGGACUCGCCCCACGUAGCGUGAUCCUGCGCCCAGUUCUCCUCAACCCGCCUCGCCUACCACCGACACCUGUUACCUCAAAGAGGACUUCACGGCCCGGUCCCCACGCUCUCUGCUAGGCCCAAGAGCGCCGUCCGCAGCGCCGUCGAGGUGAUGGGCAGCCGACCCCGCAGCCCCAGCGCCUGCCCUGCGCCCUGGUGGGAACAGCAGCCAGGAGGCCCCGGCCCUGCCAAGCGCCGCCGACUGGAGGAGCCAGCGGCCCCCGAACCCCGCGUGGCGCCCAUCCUGGAAGACCCGGCGGGGACUUCAGCCGUGGACGCGCCCAUCUUCGUGGUGGUCCUGGCCGCGGGCUGUGCCCUGAAGGUGUCCCGGGACGAUGUCGACCUGGUGCUGGAGCCUGCGCCCACGUCGAUCAUACGAGUGUCUCUCGGUGGACACACCCUCUUCCUGAUCUCCGAGGUCUUCCUGAGCUCCGUCGACGAACGCUUAGUAGAGCAGGGCGACUUGUCUGCCUUCCUAGAAACGAACGUUUUCCUGGGCGCUCUCGGGGAGGACGUCGUCGUCGAGCAGGAAUUCUGCGCGUCUGUCCCAGAGGUCGCCGCCCAGGAGGAGGUCUACGAGGAGGACGCGGACCCCGAGUUACUGGAGCUCUGGAUGGACUCCCCAGCUGGCUCGGCCACUGGGCUUUACUCCUCCAUUAUAAGUAUGUUCAGCCCCUACACCAGUUCAGAGAGACGCUCUCCAUGCCCCAUCUUCGACCAGCAAUUCCACCUUCUGGAGCCUGUCCCCAGCUCACCUCUCCAACCUCUACCUCCUUCUCCGAGUCCAGGUCCCCACGCGCGCCCGGAGCUCCCAGAGCGCCCUCAGUGCAAGGCCCGGAGGCGCCUGUUCCAGGAAUGAACCCCCACUCCCACGUACACACAACAACUAUGGCCGCCCUGCUGGCGGCCCUCUGGGAUUGCCAUAAUCUCUCACAUUGAGUAUCCAACAAACUGGAAGUUGGGCACUGCAUGUGCGGACAAUGGCUUUUUCGCUGCACACUACGGAUAGUAGGAGAUGAAGACGUCAGGAAGUAAAGACAAAUUCUAGAUAUUGUCUUUAAAUAGAAAAUCUGCCCAAAGAUACCAGAAAAUGUGUCUUCAGAUUUCUGGGCUUCUUUACAAGGUCAUAAUCAGAUCCCUUCAUUCUCCCUCAUUUUGUAUCAGAUGUUUCUCUCAAACUCCAGUCUUUGUCCAGCAUCAUACUGCCACUCCCGUUUCUCCCAAAACCAAGAAAUCAUCACAUUUCUUACAUUGUUGGUUACCUUGUAUUUUUUCCCAUGAAUCUAGGCAGACUUAGCCAUGGCUUUUCUCAGUUUUUCCAACUGCUAUCCCAGAAAACUGCCAAAUAGUGUGCUUACUAUACAAGACUGUAAGCCGCUUCUUCCUAGGAACCCCUUAUCCUGCUGAAGUUCUCUUCCAGCCUUUACUUCUAAUUCUAAAUGAAAAUUUGUGUUGAAUUUUAUCAGAUGUUUUCAGCAUGCAUUGUGUUAUGUAUUUUUUUAAUUUGUUAAUCUGUUGAUUUCACCCAAUGGAAAGUGUUUGCAUUCCUGCUAUUCCACAUUAUUUUAUACCGUUUAAAAUCCACCCUAAGUUUUUUCUCAUGUAAACCAAACUUCUAACUUUUAAAAUGUUAAUGUAUUACUGUAUUUGCCUCAUAUUUUAUAUAGGAAAUAAAAUAUUACUGAUA